AUGGAAACCACAGACUCUCUCGGCGUUGCCCCCUCCCCCUGCUCCCCCCCCAACAACAACCCCACCCCCCACUCCUCCACCCCCGCCGAGGAGCCGGAGCGGCACAGGCUCCCGGGGAAGCCGCCUGCACUCGCGUCGGCGGCGGCUACGGCAGCGCCCAAGGCUGUGCCCCGCUGGACCGAGAUGUCCCGGGAAGCCGACAGGCCGGCUGCCCGCCCGCCCGAGCUCACAGGCGGCGGCGGCGGCGGCGGCGGCGGCGGCGGCGGCGGCGGCGGCGGCGGCGGCGGCGACGGCGGCGGCGGCGGCGGCGGCAGCAGCGGCGGCGGCGGCGGCGGCGGCGCUUGGCAGAAGCAGUUUCUCUCAUGGGAGAUGGAUACGGAAGUGACACUUCUAGUUAAUUUUCCCUUGGAUGAAGAACAGAACCCAAGCUUCAAAACUCAAAUUCAUUUUUCCUUUGUGGUGGAUGUGAUUGGAGUCUGGAAAAAAGCUGGAGAAGAGAGAUUAGGAGUGAAUGACUCAGUAUUCACCAGUAUUCCAUGGAGUGGAGUUAGGAGGUCUCCUUGGGACAGCACAAAACACUCUCCUCUCUUUCCCCAAGGAUCUCGUUUUUCCUCUCAACCUGUGCUGUCCUACUCAUACCACCAGAAGUUUGUCAUCUGUCUACGGAAGAAAACACAUUGUUUCACAGUCUUUCUGCAAAACUUCAGCAGUUGGGAGGUUUGGCCAGUUUCAGCUGAAAACAUUCUCUUAAACGUUCACGUCUAGACACUAUCUAGAAUUAGAUUAUGAAGGUACUGCCUUAGAAGGAAAUCUCGCUUUGAUGGAAAUAUGAACACCUCGUUGGUUGUUUGAAUUGAGAGGAUUCUGAAAUAACGUGUGACUGCAAAUGGGAGCAUAGUAGGCGCUUACACAAUGCUCCUUUCUUUUUUGAUGUGCUUUAGGGGGCGGCACUGGUUUGUUUUCUUAGGAAGAUUAAAUGUUCCAGAGCAAUUUUGUCACUGCCGUGAAUUCACUAAAGAAAAUAAUUUUUCAGUAACGAGUUCAAAGGCUAACGUCUAGCCCAGCCCUCUUGAGAUGGUAGGUUCCAAUUAGGGAUGUUUUAUUGUGCUGGUCUCUGGUCCAUCAGUCUCCUCUCUCUCCUUCCUACUGCAAAUCACCCAUUCUUGUUUGAAAACCAACCCAGAUCCUUCAGCCCUUUAUUUAGGUUGGCUAGAUUUGACUGAACAGAAUAAAAAAGCCCCCCCUUGGGGGAUGAAAAACAAA